GCUGCAGUCCUCGACCCAGCGACAGCUGAGCAGCUCAACAAUAGUGAAACAAGACGACUUCUCGACACCAUCGAUGGCCUUCGAGAUUUGAGCAUUACCGGCAUCGACCUGCCGCAGAUCAUCGUGGUAGGUAACCAAUGCUCCGGUAAAAGCUCCGUGCUAGAAGCGAUAUCUCGGGUUCAUUUCCCUGUUAGCGACGGCAUCUGCACUCGGUUUCCUACAGAGCUGGUGCUUCGGAGGGCGCUUAUGGACAGCACAGACUUGAGAAUUCGAUACGCGACUGAUGCUGCUGCUGAUGCUAAUACAGCGGCAUUAUCGUUCACGCGCACGCCAUUUCACGAGAGCGGUUUCCAAAGAUCAGAACUGCCCGACGUCAUUAAUAGAGCAAAGGAGCACAUGGGCCUUGUCGAUGGAAAGGCAACUAGCUUCUCCAAACAUGUUUUACGAGUGGAAAUUUCCGGGCCAGACAUUCCCUCGCUGACUCUAGUUGACCUGCCAGGAAUUUUCCAUUCUGGGUCAUCCUCACAGCCUCAAGAAUGGAAGCCAGUCGUUAACGAAAUAGUUGAGGGCUACAUGAAACAGAAAAAUAGCAUCAUUCUUAUGGUUGUGUCAGCAGAUAUCUCCCUGUCCAAGCAUGCCAUUCUCGACAUGGCCCUCCAGCAUGACACAGUAAGGGAGCGCACGAUUGGAGUUAUCACUAAAGUCGAUCUGUGUCCGGGGUUAAAUCUAGAAGAUGAAUAUCUGCGUCUCGCGAGAGGACAAGAGCCCAGUCACCAGCUUCGCCUAGGUUGGCAUGUCCUACGCAACCGAGGACCCAAAGAACUAGAGCUAGACUUUGAUCAGAGAGACGUCGAAGAGGAAAAAUUCCUCAAAACAGGAGCCUGGUCUGCGUUACCUCUGAGCAACCAAGGGGUGGACAGUCUUCGGAAGAGUCUUGGGACAGCAUUGCUGAAGCAAAUUAAGAGCAGUCUGCCCGCGCUCAUUAGAGACAUUGAUGGCAAUCUGCAGAAUCGCCAAAGACGUCUCGCAAAGCUGGGAACAACAAGGACCACUUCCGACGAAAUGCGUGAUUAUCUUCUCAGCAUAUCAACGGCUUUUCACAAAUUGGCAGAGCAUGCAGUCGAGGGAAGAUAUAAUGAUCCAUUCUUCGCUACCCCCUCAGACCCAGAAGCAAGAAACAAGGUCAAGUUUCGGAAGUUGAGAGCAUUGCUUCGAAACUUGAAUUAUGUAUUUGACCUCACGAUGAGAGAAAAAGGAGCCAAGUACAAGAUGAACUGGGACGAACCUCAACCCAGAGAGAACCCGUUGCAAGGCUUAACUGACGAGGAAAUGCUGGCCGAUGCCUUGGAAAAUAUUCCUGGCAAUCUCGAUCCAUAUAUCGAUCUCUACGAUUUUCCGGAUCCAGUGGUUGAAGAAAAAGGUGUGGCCUUUACCAGGAUAGAGCUACUUGCAUCGGAUAGCCAAGGCGCGGAGUUCUCUGGGCUACCGAGCAACGAUUUCAUCAUGCAGCUUUUCCGAGAUCAGUCUGAGCCAUGGCGGCGCAUAGCUCAAUGCCACGUAGAUAAUAUUGUAGAAAGAACAAGGCUGUUUAUUUAUCAGAUAUUCGACUACAUCUUGGAAGACGACGAGAGAACAAGGGACGCAAUCUUGGCCGAGUGUGUGGAUCCGUUCUUCGAUUCCAUGACCAAUGCGCUCAAGGACAAGCUCGACGAGAUUAUGCGUCCUUAUACAUCCGGACAUGGAAUCCCGCUCGAGAUAGAAUUCCGAGCGGGAGUGUGGAGGCGCAAACUUGGGCGCAUGAAGUCAAAUUCUGUUGAUUUCCUUGAUCAACAUUCUGUUGCUUACAACACAACGGAGUACCGGGUGCUAAAGCCUGAAGAUGUCUUAAAUGUCCUGAUGCAAACCGAUACCAGCGCUUAUAGCUACUUCGGUAUUGACAUUGCCGUUGACAUGAUGUUGACACAUUACCAAAUGAGCCGGCGAACAUUCACGGACAACGUCGUCCACCUAGUUGUUGAGAAUUGUCUGAUCUCGAAGCUCCCCGACAUCUUCAACCCAAGAGUCGUCACCCAAAUGAGCGACGAGAUUUUGAAGAGACUGGCUGAAGAGUCAGACGAAAUCAAGGUAGAAAGGAGCCAACUGGCGGACGAGAUUGAGAAAUUGAAGACGGGCUUGCAAAGUUGCCAACGCUCUCGGCCCAGAGGCUUUUCAGAAUCUCCUGCUUUUGGUUCCAACAAGACAUCGACGGCAACGACGACAACUCCUGUAUUUGGCUCAGUUUCUGCAUUAAAGUCUCCCCUUUCGGCAUUUGGGUCUGUUGAAGCAGCACAGUCUUCAGCUGCUAAACUACCGGUUUUUGGUUCAACAACGUCUGCGGCGACUACUUCUACAUCAUCACCUUUUGGUUCAACGGCGACCAGUACUUCUAAGCCGUCAGCUUUUGGUUCGAUGGCAGCGACCACUUCUAUACCAUCAGCCUUCGGUUCAACAGCAACCAAUACUUCUACGCCGUCAGUUUUGAGCUCAACGACAGCCUCUACAGCCCCCGCUCAGACAAGCUCUUUCUUUGAUUCAAAGCCGGCCACCACCUCUACAACGUCAACGACGAGCUCUGCAGCCCCUGCUCAGAUAAGUUCUUUCUUUGGUCCAAAGCCAGCUAAUACCUCUAUAACACCAUCAAGCUCCGGCUCAACAACUGUAACCCCUGCCUUCGGCUCAACAACCAUAACAGCCGCCAGUACUACACAGUCGGGUUUUGGUUCUAACACGAUACCUGCCGUUAGUGCGCUAGCAUUCGGUUCUAUUUCCUCAUCAAGACCUGCGGCUGGUAGCGGAUUUGGUUCUUCUGCUGCACCCAACCCUCCGAGCCGCGGCUUAUUUGGG